AUGAAGGGUAGAGAUAUAUGGGACGUGGCAACGGAGGUAGAUCUUACUCUGAUAACCGAUAAAGACUUUCCAACCAGGAGAGGACUCUUGGUGUGCCGAGAUACGACUCCGGAUCUUACCUUUGUCAAGAACCUGGAAAACGUCAAGUGGUCCAGCACAGCCAUUGACCUCGGCAGCGAUCAUUGCAUCAUCGAAGCGGUGAUCAAGGCUGCCCGCAACAAAACGAGGACCUUUAGGUUCACUGACUGGGACUUGUUUCGAGCCAACCGCUCCGAGCGCGUCCUUAACGAUGAUAUGGACCUAGACUCUUGGUGUGACGAGAUGAAGAAGGAUGCGGCUAGAGCCACCAAGGAGGUGACAACCGAUCUGGAGGUGGACAGGAUGGAUAGUAGGCUGGCGCAUCUAUUGGAAGCCACGCAGGCACUGCUCACGAGAUGGAAGACUCAGCGCUAUAACAGAAGACUACGCAAGAAAACUUCCGAUAUAAACAAGAUGAUAGAGGCUCAUUGCAAGGUGCUAUGCAAGCAGCCAUGGGACGAGCUUUGCGCCUCGGUGGAGGGCCAGCUCAAGAAUGGUAAAAGCUGGGGUCUCCUUAGGCACCUACUGCACGAUGGCAACACCAAGUCCAAUCAGAAGAGAGCUUUGGCGAAAGCUGUCCAUUUGACCACCGACUCGACUCCAGAUGAGGCAGUCACGGAGCACCUCAUAGAUAAGUACCUGGUGGCCACGGACGAUCCGGUGCACCCCUCCCCGUUUCCCAAGUACGUAGGGCAUGACGUAUCAUCUAUGGACGAGGAUUUUACCGUGGAUGACGUCAAGCGAGUUUUUGCAUCCCUCAACGACAGAUCUGCCCCUGGGCCCAACGGGAUCACCAACAAAAUGCUCAAGCAUCUCGACGACGCCUCAAUCGAGUUUCUUACGCACAAGAUCAAUGAUAUCUGGUGCAGCGGCCUCAUUCCCAAGACCUGGAAAACAGCCUACACAGUACUCAUACCGAAGCCAGGAAGGCGCUGA